AUGUUCUCCCUACUGAUCCCUGGCCGUGCACUACUCCCACCACCAGCACCUAUCAACCCAGAAGGAACACAAUUUGCAUUCAGCAUACCGACAGUCCCGCACUUCUCUCACCUCGUCGUCUUCCUAUUACCAGGCAACACCUUCCCGCCAAACACAGCCGCCGGAGUACACAUCCAACUACCGGGCCAGGACGGCUUCAAGUUCCUCGGCGCCAUCGCCGAAGAGAAGCCCAGCGCGAUCUUCAAAGUCAACCUGCCGGCGCAACAGCAGGCGCAAGGGAUCUGCCAAGUGGGAAUCAGUAUCGAGCCUAUGGACAGUAUACGAAAUCAGCUGGCAGCUCUUGAGAGUGAGAAGACGGCUGGAGGCAGCGGCAGCGGGACUGCCAUCCAACCGCCAAGCACGAAGAUCCUAGCACAGAGAAUCAUCAAGAACGCGUUCAACUUUCUGGCAAGCUUUAGCGGCACGUUGGGUCCUGGAGGACAGGAGGUAGUGCCGUUGAAGAGCUUUGAGGAGUGGUGGCGCAAGUUUGAGCGGAGGGUGGAGCUGGAUCCGGGAUUUCUGGAGCGCGACGAUCAGGCUGAACGUGUUCUGCAGUCAUGCUACGGUGGCAUGCGUACGUCUAGCUCGACAUCUGCAAAGUCGGUUCAGCAAACUAUCUAG